ACAAUAGCUCUCUCUUUACAAGAGAAAACAUUAUAUAUAUAAACUCAGAUUAAACUUCGCUUACUUCUUCUACUAAUCUCUUUAAUUUGUAAUUCAUAAUCUAAUUUUUUUAUUAAUCUGAGAGCAAAAAUAAAAAAGAUCUUGGUUCAUUUUCUAUAAUGCCCACUUUGUAGAGGGGGCAAGGGUUCAUCCGGAUCAACAAAUUGGGGGGAAAUUCCCCAAAUUGGGAACUGAUUAGGGUUCUGGUCAGAUUACAAAUGGACUCAAGCUCUUGUUUUUGGAGUAUAGGAUUGAAGAGCUAUUUGUCUCAGGCUUUACUUUUUAAACGGAUUGCUUAAGAGAAUGGUGAUUGCAAAGCUUUUGGCCAUGGAAGAAGAUUGCUUUCAUAUAUAAUUUUGUGUAGCCAGUGAUAAAAAAAAAAAGAAACCUCGAAGAUUCAGUUGUUUUAGAGAAAAGGGUAUUUGGGUUUUAGUGAUUUUUUUGUGUUUGAUCUCAGUUAGGGGAUGGUUUUGGUAUUGAGUUAUUAUUGGAAGGAGGUAAUGGUUCUUUAUUUGCCCCCCCCAAGCAACAAAGAAGCUUAGAUUGUACUGGACCAUUUUUGAUUCUUAGAAAACCCUUUGAUUUAACAUAGAUUUUGAGCUUGAAUUCUUGAUUGAAAAAGCAUUUCUUUUAAGUUAUCUUUCUAUUUGGGGCAUUGUUGAAGUAGCUUGGAAUAAGAAAACAGUAGGUUCCCUAAGUUUCUGAGCGAGAAUUAUUGAUCAAAAGAGCUUCGUUAUCUUCCUAUUCGGGGAAUUGUUAGCUUGGCAUAAGAAAGCAGUAGGUUUCCCAAGUUUCUGAGCUAGAAUUAUUGAUCAAAAGAGCGUUUCUUUAUCUUCCUAUUCGGGGAAUUGUUAGCUUGGCAUAAGAAAGCAGUAGGUUUCCCAAGUUUCUGAGCUAGAAUUAUUGAUCAAAAGAGCAUUUCUUGAAAUUAUCUUUCUAUUUGGGGCAUUGUUGAAGUAGCUUGGCAUAAGGAAACAGUAGGUUUCCCAAGAGGUUGCCCGUCUUGAUUUUUGCAUUUGAAGUGAUUUGUUUAGUUAUAGCCAGUUGACUUGGGGUUGCAUCUGAGAUUACUGAUCUUGGUGACUUGUUGAGCUGUUAAAGAGUGACAGGAGCUCAUGGAGGAAUACUGAAGCUGGAAAUGUAUGCAAGGAUAUGGUGCAUGGAUAGGAGCAUUGGUACUGGUUGUUCCCUUUCUGGAACUUUGCUACUAGAAGAUAAACCAAGUGUUUUGGCUUUUAAAGGCAUUCGAGUAUCGUGUUUUGAACAUCAGUGAAAUGUCGCGUUGCUUUCCUUUUCCACCACCAGGAUACGAAAAGAAGGCUAGGAUUGAGAACGAGGACUUACUAAAAAAGGAGAAGGAAAAAGAGAAGAAGCAUAAGAAGGAGAAGAAGGACAAGGACAAAGACAAGGACAAGGAAAAGAGAGAAAAAAAGGAAAAAAAAGAGAAAGAUAAAAGUGAUGGAAAGCAUAAAGAUAAGAAAGACAAAAAAGAAAAACACAGAGACAAAAAGAAGGAAAAGGAUAGAGAUAAAGAGAAAGAUAGAAGUAAUAUCUCCGAUGAGAAGAAGUUUCAUGGUCUUCCAGGGGGUCAAAAUGGGGAGAAAAUCUCAGAUGAGAAGAUACUUCCUGGAAAAUCUGAAGGUCAAAGUGGGGACAAGUUUAUUCAGAAAGAGAAAGGUAGGGAUAAAGACCGAAGCAGUACCUUGGAUGAGAAGAAGCAUGCUGGACAAUUUUUGGGUUAUAAUGGGCAAAAGGUUAGCCAGAAUAGCAAUCUCGCUGAAGAUUUCCGGGAUUCUAAAUUUGUGCAAGGGAGGAGGAUCAGAGAUGAAGGUCCAGGAGCUGGGGACCGAUUUGCAGAGAAGUUUAUGGUUAACGACAAAAAGCGAGAUGAGCAAAUGGUCAGAUUGGUGGCUAAGACUGCCAACACGCCGGCUGAAGGGAUGGAAAAGAACAAGAGAAGUGAUGAUAGUAGGUUGGAUGCGCAAAGAAUCAGGGAGGAUACAAGCUCUGGUCAAAAUGCUAUGGUCCCGAACCUUGGUGGUGCAGUUAAAGCUAGAGCUGAAGGGAUCCCUGGACAAGUGGAGAAUAAUACCGAGAGGCGAGGAGAAGGGAAAGAAAAAACCAAAGAAAAAGAAAGCAAUGAUAAAAUCAAGGAUAAGCACAAGGAGAAAAAAAGUCACGGGAAAGAGAAGGAUAGGGACAGAGAGAAGCAUGAAGCGGCAGUGAAGGCCAAAAGUGAACAUCGGAAUUUGGAGCAGGAUAAUUUGAAAGGAAGCAAGAAAGAUGACCCUGUAGGUACCAAAACUCAAAAAUCAUUGGAUCCUUUCGACGUAGGUAACAAGGGUGCUGUUGCUGUGGAAAAUCUCCACAAGCGCAAGGACCGGGAAAAAAAUGGAUUCUUUCAUGUUGAUGACAUUAAACCCAAUAAGCAGCCGAGAACUACUUCCUCUCAUCCAUUGACGGACAAUGGAAGGACAUUGGAAUUUUGUGAAGCUCCCAUUGCACCUACUUCAGAUACCCCCAAAGCAAGAACCAGUGUUAAAGCUGAUAAUAACGAACGCAAGGUGAAUGGUAUUAUUGAAGCUCAGCUGUCAUCUAUCUCCUCAACAAAGCAUUUAUCAACUAGUGCAAAAGCUAGUCAGACUGAUAAAGUAUUUAUGAAACCACCGCACCCAGAUACCAAGUAUUUAAGCCAGGUACUUUUAGUUCCCGAAAUGGAAGAAUGGCCUGAUUUUGAUGACCAAGCAUGGCUAUUUAGCAGCAAUGAAUCUCAAUCAAAGAAAAAACCCAAGGUGGGAUUUCCUGAGAUUGAUGAGACCCCACAUGUAUGGUCAGAGGCUCUGCAAAUAGAGUCAGCGGAUGUUUAUGCUCUACCAUAUGUUAUUCCAUACUGAUUUCGUCUUUAUCAGUCGGCACAAUAGUUAACCUUUCUACACUGCAGCCAAAUUCGGCCCAGCAGUAUUCUGCCGUCAAACUUGGGUGUUUCAGUUCAUGCUAUUACCACACGAUUGAAUGGUCAAAACUUCGUCCCAAGAACCGAUCAGUUGCGGCAACAAUCACAUGAUUUUAUCAUGUCCAUUCCAUUGCUGGAAGAAUUAAUUCAUUCCAAACCAUUGCCAUUAGAGAGAAAAGGGGGAGAGAUUCUGUAAGCUUCUUGAAAUGUUAAAUUUCAUUAAAUUGGUUGAAAGCUGAGAAGCUCAUUUCUAAUUGAGAAAUGGAAGAGAAAACUAGCUGUGGUCAUUGCAAUUCCACUGCAAUUUUGAUGAUUUGUAACAUAGAACUCUUUAUUUUGCUUAGUUAAUAUAAAGGUAGAGGGAAAAAGAGAGUAGUCUGCAUUCAUUUAUUCA